CAAAGUUGAACCAAAGAAAGCAUGGUAGAGGCUCUCUAACUAAGAAAAAAGACCACCCAGAAAGGUUGCUAACUUUAUCAACAACUGUUACAGACUCAACAGGCGAAGGUUUUACAGAAACCCUUGACAAACAUAUAAAUAAGCAGUGGAAACAGCCACUCGCUAAUAUUAAAUUACUCAACAACGUCGAAGUUGAAAAACCUCCAGAUCUUUCGAACAAGACAAUGAUGGCAACAGAAAUAGUAAUAGAUAAACAGCCUGAGAAUUUUUCACAGGCAGAUACAAGUAAACAGAUCAUCAAUGCUAAAAAAGAAAAUAAAGAUAUAAAUAGUAAUGUAGAUUAA